CCCCCCAGGGAUUUGGGGAUGCUGACAAUAGCCUGAAAGGGUUGCAAGAGGAGCAGCUGAGGAGGAGGAAGCGGAAGAGAAGGCGGGGGGGGGGGGUGAAGCGCUUGGAAAGGAGGCAGAGCUUGGAGGAGGCUGCAGAAGCCAACUGGGCCUCAUAACGAGCAGGACUUUCCUGAGUCUUCAGGGGCCUCCUUGAGUCUGCAGAAGGGUGCAAGAGGACAGCGCUGCCUGAAGGAUUGCACCUGUUCUUACACACACACCGUACCAGCCUGAAGGACUCUGGGCUGCUGCAUGCUUUGGAUAAAGAACAAGGUAAAUGUUGGGAGAGGAAGAAUGAUAGAAACCCCAUGGAUGGAGCUGCUAGAUGGGAAAAAAGGAAACAAGAGAGGCUAAAAACUGGAGAAAACUGGGAGAAGAGGAAUCAAUCCAAUGCUUUUCAGUAUGUAAUCCAGCAAAUAAUACAGCAAGCAGGAGAAAGAAGCCUGUGUCCUCCGUGUAGGAAAAGCUCCUCUACUGAACUCAGCUUUCAAUCUUAGAAGGAAAUGAACGCAAGGAAGAAACCACAUAAAUGCCUGGAAUGUGGAAAGAGCUUCAGCACGAGUGGAGAAUUUACUAUACACCACAGAACUCACACUAGGGAAAAACCACAUAAAUGCUUGGAGUGUGGAAAGAGCUUCAGCACAAGAGCACAUCUUAUUAGACACCAUAGAACCCACACUGAGGAGAAACCACAUAAAUGCCUGGAGUGUGGAAAGAGCUUCAGCACAAGUGCACAUCUUAUUGUACACCAUAGAACCCACACUGGAGAGAAACCACAUAAAUGCCUGGAGUGUGGAAAGAACUUCAGCACGAGACCACAACUUACUGUACACCACAAAGCCCACACUGGGGAGAAACCACAUAAGUGCCUGGAAUGUGGAAAGAGCUUCAGCACAAGUAGAAAACUUACUAUACACCACAGAACCCACACUGGAGAAAAACCACAUAAAUGCUUGGAGUGUGGAAAGAGCUUCAGCCAGAGAGCACAUCUUACUAUACACUGUAGAACACACACUGGGGAGAAACCACAUAAAUGCCGGGAGUGUGGAAAGAGCUUCAGCACCAGUGGAGAACUUAUUGUACACCACAGAACCCACACUGGGGAGAAACCAAAUAAAUGCCUGGAGUGUGGAAAGAGCUUCAGCACAAGUACACAGCUUAUUAUACACCACAGAACCCACACUGGGGAGAAACCACAUAAAUGUCUGGAGUGUAGAAAGAGCUUCAGCCAGAGAGCACAUCUUACUGUACACCACAGAACUCACACUGGGGAGAAACCACAUAAAUGCCUGGAGUGUGGAAAGAGCUUCAGCACAAGUACAGAUCUUAUUAGACACCAUAGAACCCACACUGGGGAGAAACCACAUAAAUGCCUGGAGUGUGGAAAGAGCUUCAGCACAAGUAGAAAACUUACUAUACACCUCAGAACCCACACUGGAGAAAAACUACAUACAUGCCUGGAGUGUGGAAAGAGCUUCAGCACAAGUACACAACUUAUUGUACACCACAGAACCCACACUGGGGAGAAACCACAUAAAUGCCUGGAGUGUGGAAAGAGCUUCAGCACAAGUACACAGCUUAUUAUACACCAUAGAACUCACACUGGGGAGAAACCACAUAAAUGCCUGGAGUGUGGAAAGAGCUUCAGCCAGAGAGCACAUCUUAUUGUACACCAUAGAACCCACACUGGGGAGAAACCAUAUAAAUGCCUAGAGUGUGGAAAGAGCUUCAGCACAAGUACACAUCUUACUCUACACCACAGAACUCACACUGGGGAGAAACCACAUAAAUGUUUGGAUUGUGGAAAGUGGUUCAGAACAAGUGGAUAUCUUAGUAAACAUCACAGAACCCACACUGGGGAGAAAUCACAUAAAUGCCUUGAGUGUGGAAAGAGCUUCAGCCGGAUUGGAAAUCUGCAAACACACCAUAGAACCCACACUGGGGAGAAACCACAUACAUGCUUGGAGUGUGGAAAAUGCUUUAUCCAGGAAGCACAUCUUACUGUACACCAUAGAACCCACUACGGAUGUUCAUGAACCAGUCCGGAGGCCAUUCUAGAGGUGGUGCUUCAAAGGUAGUGCUGGCUCAAAGAUUCAGCGCCGGUGGUGUGGUAGUUCUUUAAGGGCAGUGGAGGGUGCACUUACCCCUCCCUCCACUUCCCCCCCUCUGGCACUCCAUUUUGAGCAAAAACGCAUGGAGCAGCAGUGUUCCUCCCUACUGCCCCUUUCCUCGUUCUUGGCUGGAAAUGGCUGGAAGUAGCGCAUGCGCCCAUCACGAUGUGUGCUCAGUAUGUACAUGAUAUGGGUGCAUGCGCAGGGGCUUUUCCUGGCCAAGAACAGGGGAAGGGGCGGCAGGGAGCUAUGCUGCCACCCCAUGGGUUUUGCUAAAAAUGGAGCUCCGGUGGGGGGAAAGCGGAGGGAAGGGUAAGUGCACCCUUCCCCACCCUUAAAGAACCACUGCCCCCAACGUCAAACUGCAUCUCCGCGGUUUCAUGCACACUACUAGAACCUACACUGGAGAGAAGCCACAUAAACAACAGAAGCAUGGUGGAACAGUGAGAACCAGUGAGACACUUUUAUCCCUUCAUAUAAACUCUAUAGAAAAGGCAGGGAGGGGCGCCUUGGAGGUGGAGUAGCACUGUAUGUUAAAGAAGGGAUAGAAUCUAACAAGCUAGAAAACCUAGUUGUUCUGGAGUCCUCCACAGAAACCCAUACAAGGCCUGAAAGGGAACGUGCUACUGGGGAUGUGCUAUUGCCCUCUGGAUCAAAACGCUGACAGCGACUGGGAGUUGCAGGAGGAAAUCAGGGAGGCAUCAAGGAGAGGCAGGGCUGUAAUAAUGGGUGACUUCAAUUACCCACACAUAGGCUGGGUAAAUUCAGUCAGGUAAUGACAAAGAGGUCAAAUCAGAUACGCUGAAUGACUGUGCCCUAGAAGAGUUGGUCUUGGAACCAACCAGAGAGAAGGUGACCUUGGACUUCAUCCUGAGUGGCAGUGGCACCCAGGACCUGGUGUGUGAUGUCAGUAUCCUCAACCCUUUUUAGCGAACAGUGACCAUAGUGUGAUCAAAUUCAGCAUACAUACGGGGAGAGAAUCACCAAGGAAGUCUAACACAGACAUUUUGAAUUUCGGAAGCGGAAACUUCUCCAAAAUGAGGAGUAUGGUGAAAAGAAAGCGGAAAGGGACAAUCAGGAGAGUCACUUGGCUACAGAGUGCAUGGAGUUUACUCAAAAUCACAAUACUAGAAGCCCAGUUAGAUUGUAUACCCAAAAGGAGGAAAGGUACCACUAUGUCCAGGAGGAUGCCAGCAUGGCUAACAUUCUACAGCAAUGUGCAAAAACAUGUAUGAAAAUGUACUUCAUUAUCCUUAAUGCAUGAAAAUGCACUUCAUUAUCAUUAAUGGAUUCUGAAUACAGAAUCUGGAUCCCCUGUGUACCAAACACAGAUCAAGUGCUAUUUAGCCAUCCAGAGCAUAGGCUAGAAGUUCAAACUCUCCAGCUCACAAGGAAGCCAUAAAAGGGAAGAAGACUUCCUUCCGAAAUUGGAAGGCCUGUCCAAAUGAAGAGAACAGAAAGGAACACAAACUCUGACCAAAGAAAUGCAAGGUGACAAUAAGGGAGGCAAAAAGAGAGUUUGAGGAACAUUUAGCUUAAAAAGUCAAGGGGAAUAGCAAAUACUUCUUUAAAUGCCUCAGAAGCAGGAAACCUGCCAGGGAGGCGGUUGGACAAUGACGGAGUGACGGAGUGAAAUGAUGGAGAAGUUCCUAAUUAUGGCAAGAUUAUGAAAAAUUAGUUUCUAAAAUGUAUAAACUGUUACUUUUGGAGGAGACAAAAGAGCAAGUGGUCAAAACAACUAUGAUAAAGUGGGCUCAAGAUGUGGGACACAAUAUAGAAAUCGCAACCUGGGAAAAGUUAUGGGAAAAUGAUUUAAAAUUUACUGCUUGUUAUGCUUUGAAGGAAAACUAUUAUAAAAUGAUGUACAGAUGGUAUUUGACACCAGAAAAACUGGCAUUAAUGUAUAAAAAUGUUUCAAACAAAUGUUGGAAGUGUGGGUAUUCUGAAGGUACCUUUUUUCAUAUGUGGUGGACCUGUGGGAGGGCUAAGGCCUAUUGGGACAUGAUAUAUAACGAAUUAAAGAAAAUAUUCAAAAUGACAUUUCCUAAGAAUCCAGAAUCCUUCCUGCUGGGAAUAACACAAGGUGUAAUUUCUACAAAUAAUUUAACAUUCUUCAUGUAUGCUUCUACGGCGGCUAGAAUAAUAUAUGCACAGAAAUGGAAGAGUAAUGAACUGCCUUCAAAAGAGGAUUGGUUGAUCCUCAUCAAAGACUCCUGAGGAAACUUAGCAGUCAUGGGAUAAGGGGACAAGUACAUGUGUGGUUUGCUAACUGGUUGAAAGACAGGAAACAGAGGGUAGGUAUCAAUGGAGAGUUUUCACAAUGGAGGGAAGUAAGAAUUGGGGUUCCCCCAGGGACUUUUGUACUGGGACUGGUGCUUUUUAAUUUAUUCAUAAAUGAUCUAGAAGCAGGGGUAAGCAGCGAGGUGGCCAUAUUUGCAGGUGAUACCAAAUUUUUUCGGGUAGUGAAAAUCCAUAAGUGAUUGUGAAGAGCUCCAAAAGGAUCUCUCCAAACUGGGUGAGUGGGCGACAAAGUGGCAAAUGUGGUUCAAGUAUAAAGUGAUGCACAUUGGGACGAAGAACCCCAACUUCAAAUAUAUGCUGAUGGGAUCUGAUCUGUCGGUGACUGACCAGGAGAGGGUUCUUGGGGUCAUGGUGGACAACUCAUUGAAAGUGUCAACUCAGUGUGCGGAGGCUGUGAAAAAGGCCAAUUCCAUGCUAGGGAUCAUUAGGAAGGGGACUGAAAAUAAAACUGCUAAUAUUAUAAUGCCCUAAUACAAAACUAUGGUGUGGCCACACCUGGAGUACUGCGUACAAUUCUGGUCACCACAUCUAAAAAAGGACAUUGUAGAACUGGAAUAGGUGCAGAAGAGGGCAACCAAGAUGAUCAGGGGGCUAGAGCACCUUUCUUAUGAGGCAAGGCUACAACACCUGGUGCUUUUUAAUUUAGAAAAAAGACUGUGGGGAGACAUGAUAGAGGUCUAUAACAUCAUGCCUGGUAUGGAGAAAGGGGACAGAGAGAAAUUCUUCUCCCUCUCACAUCACACUCGAACUAGGUAUCAUCCCAUGAAAUAGAUUGCCAGGAAAUCUAGGGCCAACAAAUGGAAGUACUUUUUCACAAAACACAUAAUGCACUUGUGGAAUUCUCUGCGACAAGAUGUGGUGACAGUCAACAACCUGGAUGGCUUGAAGAGGGGUUUGGAUAACGUCAUGGAGGAGACGUCUAUCAUCGGUUACUGGUCGGAGGGCUUCAGGCCACCUCCAGCCUCAAAGGCCUGAUGCCUCUGAGUACCAGUUGCGGGGGAGUAACAGCAGGAGAGAGGGCAUACCCUCAACUCCUGCCUGUGGCGUACAGCGGCAUCUGGUGGGCCACUGUACGAAACAGGAUGCUGGACUAGAUGACCCUUGCAGGGCUGUUCUUAAAUGCCUGAAGUGUGGAAAGAGCUUCAACCUGAAUAAACACCAUAGAACGCACACUGGGGAGAAACCACAUGAAUGCCUGGCGUAUGGAGAGACUUCAGCACAAGUGGAGCUCUUACUGUAUCCCAUAGAACCCACAUAGAGAAAACCACGUGAAUGCUUGGAGUGUUCAAAAGAACUUCAGGAGGAAGGCAAGCCUUACUGCACAUGAACAAACUCACAGAGCAUAAUAACCAUAAGUAGUAGUUUAUAUACAGCACAUACCUGGGUGGAGCCUAAGUAAGGGCAAGUGAAGCCACAGACUAAGUAAGGGCAAGAACUAUGGGCAAAGUUAAGUCAGAGCCUAGUAAGGGCAAGACAUCAUCAAACCCCUCCCACUGAAGGGCAUGAUGUCACCACAGCAGGGAGGAGUUGAAAACCCUCCAGAGAACAUGCCCAGGCAUGCCCAGAGCCUCCUGUACUAUGAGGCCUACCCACCUGACCUGUGAGGACCAAUAGGAAGGUGGUCCCUGCCUGCCGUUCAAUGACUAUAGUGUUGCUGCUGCAUGGAGUAUCCUACAAGGCUUGUAGCAUAGUACCCAUUGCAUAAAGUUAACAAUUCAACUGUUUGCUUGUGGGUUUGAUUAUGGAAUCUCCUCAGAGUCCUAAUGUGGCAACAAAUCAGCCAGAUUCUACACCUAAGCCAAGAAAACGUUAUAUUAGCACCAGUUCAGAUGAUGAACCACAAGGACCUCCUGUGAAAACCUAUGCUGAAGAACAAGCUGAGACGAGGGAAAUGUGGCAAGAGAUCCUGGCAACCAUGGCAGCUGAGCCACAGGUAAAUAUAUUUUACAGUCUAGGGUGUGUGUGUGUGUGUGUGUG